GAAAUUUUGUUUCCUUUUUAACCCGUUGGCGUUGACAAGUGAACCUCUUUAGAGGAGGUACUGCCUUGGUGUCACACCGCACUUCAGUCCCAGUAGCUAAUACAUCAAGGGCUAAAAGUUAUACUCUGCAAACUUUUGUAUGGUUACCAGUUAUUAAUUGCUAUUUAGGUACUCUUUCCGUUCUGGGCCCCUCCGCUGUGUAGACGUUAGCGCGCCUCUGCGACAAACGUUUUAAGGCACCGUGCGUGGCACCAUGGCGGCAGUGCCAGGACAAGCGAAGCCCGCCCCUCUGACGACGGAAAAGAUCCAGGAGAUGCUUGAGGAGAACUUCAAGUUCAUUAAAGCAAUAGCGGAACAGCAGAACCUCGGGCGAGUGCAAGAUGUGAACCAGUACCAGCAGAAGCUCCAAGAGAACCUGAUGCUGCUGGCAGCUGUGGCUGACACCUACUCCUCCACGCCAGCCCCGGGCGCAGCAGCAGCGCAGGCGACCAGGCCAGGCGCUGCCGCCCCGCCUGCAGCCGCUCCCGCCGCCACCGCCUCCGCCGGCGGCGCGCUACCGGGUCAGUACCCCCUGGGCAGCACCGGCGGGGCGGCGCCGCAGCCGCAGCAACAGCAGCAGCCGCUGAUGAUGGGAGCAGCGGCCCAGCAAGUGGCAGCAGCGCAGCAGAUCGGAGCUGGUCAGCAGCCUGCAGCUGCCGUACAGCUGACUCAGCAACAGAUCCAAGCCGUACAACAAGCGCUCGUACGACAGCAGCAACAACAACAGCAGCAGCAGCAGUUUCAGCUGCCGCAGGGAUUGCAAGGGCUGCAAGGGCUAGGAGGGCAGCAGCAGGUGUUUAAUGCGAUGGGAGGUUUGGCUGCGUUGCAGCAGCAGGCGCAACAACAGCAACAGCAGGCGCAGCAAGCAGCGGCGGCAGCAGCGGCGGCGGCGGCGGCGGCGAACGCUGGCUUUCAGUUGCCGGCGCCUGCGCCAUUGAACCUGAAUGGCUUGUGAAGCGAUGUUAGGCUGGAUGGGAGCUGCCAUUGUCGUGUGGAGGGAGGUUCCCCGCCGGCUUCAUUGGCUUGCAUUACAUCUGUGGGUUGCUAACGCAGCGAAGGGGCACCUGCUACAAGGAUGUGACGUGGAUUGCGGGCAGUUACUGGGGUAUGAAUGUGCUUCUGAGUGUUAGAGGGGUGGCGGCUUGACACGGCGGCAGUGGGGCUGCAAGUCAGUGGAGUGCUUUAAGCGGUUAGGGCGCCGUGUCACAUUUUCAAUUUUUCGCCUGGUGUGGAUUGGCUGCAUGGUUGAAAGGGAAGGGAACGAUCGGGAAAUGCACGUUUGCGUGGGGUAGCAGUCGGCCCUCACGGGCAUGGACCGUAGGGACACCCGUACGAGUGAGGUCAUGGGUGCCGGGCCAUAAGGCAAACGCGAAAGGAGUUUGAAAUGUAAUAAUGAACGCAGCGCUUUGUAGUAAAGAGCACACACACUGUUAAACGCACCGUCUUUUAGCUGUUAGGGCGUCAAACAUAAAUGUUCCGUUUCGCUGCCUGUCAAGGCGAGCGCCCAUUUAUACCAUGGUGACUUAACUAGGAACAUCAUGGCAGUGCAACUAUCGCGGUUUGCGUCGGCAAAGGUUGAGGAACUUUCUCGGCUUGAGGCCGAGCUGCAAGCCUUAGCUGGUCAGGCGUUUGCGUUUGUCCGUGGAGUUCCCCUCGCAGACGCGACACCAUAUUCUGCUGUUCCUCAAAACAUAAGAGAUGCUGUUCGUGCAGCAUUGGGGGCGGGAUCCUUCCCUGACCUGCCCGGCUUGUCAACUGUGGACAGUGAAUUGACGACAGUUUGCGCCUCGGACACAGCCCACGGAGCCGAGAGCGACACCGAUGACAUUCCUCUUUCCAAACGCCAAAAAAAAUCCGAGCGACCAGGGUCGUCCCCUGGCAUUCCGACAAUUAUCAGCAGUGGUCCUGGUGCGGAGGCUGCACAGCAGGCCGGGCCGUCGAAUGCGACUAUAGCAGGAGCUGGAAGCCGCCAGGUCAACGGAGAUGUUCCCGCUGCGGCGUCAACUGCGCCAGACUUUGUACCUCACCCAUCCCAUCCUGUCGCGUCCAUAUCUCCUUUUACCGUCGCAAAGCCGCCGAAAGCCGAAUCCGCGUUGGAAGUGGCUUCACCUGUGCCGUACGAUGACAUCCCGACAGGCAUCAGGUCUGAGCCUCCUCGCGCCAUCCUCAAACGCUGGCCUCAUCGAUCGCAGCCACAGGGCCCAGCACCGGCAUUCAACACCCAGCUCCGCUCCGGCGGCGAAGCAGCAGCCGGGGCUGCCGCCGGCACAGGCUCUUCCCCGGCUCCCCAGCCGAACUCCUUGCAAGCAGUGCAAGACACUAGCCCUGCAGCAGCAGCCGAGGACACGUGUCCACCGCCGCCGCCGCAGCAAACACAGCAGCAGCAGCUCCCCAGCCUCUUGCCUCGCAAGCGAGCCCCCAUGUGGCUCUACCAGAUGCUGCCGAGUCGGGGCCGCCCCAAGGCACACACUCCCCCCUCAACCAGCAACCCCAACACCAGCACCAGCGCUGAGAACAGCAACGCCAACACCAGCCAGAACGGUACUCAGCCUGACAACCAUGACACGCCUCUGGCGCCCUCAGAGGGCGGGCUGCUACCCCGCCCCACGGCGGAUGCUGGCCGUUCUCCCUCCCUGGAGAAGCCGCUGCAUGCAGCCGCGGCAUCAGCAGCCGCACCGGCAGCAGCAAUACCCAUGCACGCAGCAGGCUCCCCGGUGUCCCAGCAGCAGCAGCAGGUGGAGGUGGCGCAGGCCGCUGCUGACGCCCCUGCUGCCCUGCUGCCCUCCUCACCGCAGCCGCCGCCGCGACCUGCACCACCCGCACCCCAGGUAGAGGCCGCUCAGCAGGCGGCUGCUGCCGCUGGUGCUGCUGCAGGGGGUGAGACCGCAGGCGUGGCAGCGGCAACAGCAGCGCCGGUGGGGGCAGCGGAGACCCAGCAACCAUCUCAGGGCGGCGGCGGGGGCGGCUCAGGUUCCGGUGCGUCGCAAGCCCCGUUGGAAGCGGCACCUGCGUCUGGGUCUGCACCAGCGGCUGCAGGUUCCCAUGCCGGGUUUCAUCAGGCAGGCGAGGAGCAGCAGCAGCAAGGACAGGAAGAGCAGGAGCAGCAGCAUCAGGAGCUGCGGGCCCGGCGGCUGCCGUCCCCCUCGCCACCGCCUCAGGAACUGCCCGAGGCGGUUAGUCGUCUGGAGCUGCUGCUGGGCGCAGUGGCGGGUGGCGACUCUUCGUAUUCCUCGUCCGGCGCCGACGGCGGCGGUUGUUCUUCAGGAUCUGAGGAGCUGCCGAUCUUCCAGCUGGCGGGGGGCGGUGGGAUUGGCACUGCUGCUGCUGCUUCUAGUCGUGCUGGUCGUGCUGCCCAGGGACGUCGGCAGUCCAGACGGCGCGGAGAAGCGUCUGACGGGCUGGGAGGGCUGCGAGGCGGCGGAGAGGCGAAGCGGAGCAAAGAGUCGCCGCACCGACCGGUACCAGGGGGUGUUGUGGGCUGCUUGGAGCCGCGUGCGGUGCCGCCUACGUGGGGUGCGGAUGCGGGGUUGGAGGUUGAGGAGGAGGCUGGUCCGCUAGUGGCAUCGCAGCAGCAGCGGAGGGAGGUACCGGUAGCGGCAUGUGGCGCAGCGGACGGCCCCACAGCCGGCACUGCUGUUACAGGUGCUGGUGCUGCUGCUGCUACGGGUGCUGCUGAGGCUUCCAGAGGCAGUGGUGCUGCUGCUGCUGCUGUUGCUAGUGCUCCAGCGGCGGAUGCGGAGGCGAAAGAGCGCGAGCCUGGGGUAGGCGGCAUGAGCGCUGUGGAGGCAGGGCAGCAACCCGGUACCGCUGCUGCUGCUGCAGCUACGGCGGCGGCGGAGGUGGGAUCUGCGGGCGGGGAGGCAGCAGCAGCGUCAGCAGCAGCUCCCAACAAAGCCGUCCUAGCCACAGCAGCAGCAGCAGCGCCGAUCAAAGCAUCAGCGUCACCAGCAGUGCCUCCAGCUGCUGCUACCGCCGCCACCGCUGCAGCAGCAACGCCGGUGGCCUCAGCGGCUGCGCCGCCGACGUCACCACAGUCGCGGAAAGCGCCGCUGCCAUCCUGUCGCUCGCUGCCGCCCUCUCCCAGGAGGGCUGCUGUUGUCGAGGGCGAGGAGGAGCCCUCUAAGAAGCGGUUGCGUAAGGAGGAGCCGGGUGCGGCGCCCGACGCCACCAGCGGCAAGAUACCUGGAAUGGAGGAGCAGCGGCCGCAACAGCAGCAGCGGCCCGAGGAGGUACGACAGGUGUUGUGCGGUGGUGGGGAUGCUACCGGAGACGGUGGCGCUACUACUGCUGCUGCCGAGGAAGGGAUAUCCGCAGCCGGGCAGGAAGGCAAAGCUGCUCCCACCGCCGCCGCGGCAACGGGAGCAGCAGCCCGGCAAGGCGCGCCGGCGUCUGGCAGCCCGCCGCCUCAGCAUCAUGGAGGCAAGCGGCGGGGCGGCAAGCGACGGCGGCAGCGGAGGCGGUCCGCUGGCUCGUUGCCGGGGGAGGCCGCUGCCGCCUCCGCUGCCGCUGCUGCUACUGCUAAUGGUACCGACACCGCUGCCACCUCUGCUACUGCUGCAACCAUUGCCACCGGUGCUGCUGGAUCCGCAGCCCCGCCUAUCAAGGAUGACACCCCUCACCCCAUGCCGGGAGGUGCCGCCGAGCUGCUGCAGGCCGUUCCGCAACGCAGGGUGCCGCAUGACAGGCGGUUGGGGGGGCUGAAGCAGGAUCCACGACUGGGCGCUGCCUCGGCCCUUGGGCAUGGGCAUGGGCACUGGCCGCCGCCGCCGCCAGCGGCGCUGAAGGGUGUGCAGCACUUCGCCUCCGCUGGCGGCGCCGCCACGGUGCCUCCCAGUUGCAUGGGCAUAGCUGCAGGGCUGGCGGCGGUCGCUGCGGCGGCGGCGGUAGCAGCAGCAGCAGCCGCCUCGUCUGCAAGUGGCGGCGGCGGUGGUGGUGGUGUGCAGAAGGGGCGGCAUGAGAAGCAGCCGGCGCAGGGCUCAGGGUUGACGCCGGCAUGUCCUCCGGUAGAGGCUGGAAGCAGACGGGCAGCAGCAGCGGAGCCAGCAGCGGCAGCAGCAGUGGCGGAAACGUUGCUGGGCCGGAAGCGCAAGGCGAAUGGUGGUCAGAGUGAGGAGCACGAGCUCCCGGGGCUGACCGCCGCUGCGCCUGUUGGUAUCUCUCUUGCUGCUGCUGCUGCGGCUGCUGCACCUGCACAGGCCUCCGGGAGCGACUCUGAAGGCCACCACCUGGCUGUUGGACAGCAGCCUGACGGCCGUACGGGUGCGAGAGCGCCACCACCGUCAUCCUCCGCGGUGCCUGCGGGUGCUGCUGCGGACGCGACCAAGCAGCAUCCCCCACUGCACCUGGAAGCUAGCGCAGCUGCCCCUGCAACUGCAACUGCAACCGCGGUUGUUGGGGUUGAAGAGGCGGCAUGCAAGCCCCUGCCCCCAGCUACUGCUGCCUCCGCCGCUGCAGCAGCGGAAGCGGAAGCAGCAACAACAUCCGCGAAGGAGGGCAGCGCCCAUGAGGAGGAGACCUUCAUGGACGUACCCCUAGCGUCGCGACUUGCCAAGCGGCGGAAAUCACCCUCCCAAUCACCGUCUGCGGUAAUGGGACCCCUAGAGGCCCCGGCGGCCGCAGCAGCGGUGAGCCCUAAAGAGGCCGAAGGAGCCGCUACCGCUACCGGGGCUGAGCAGGACACUGCGGCUGCCGCCGCCGUGGGCUCAGCAGGAGCAGCAGGGGACCCUGCGUCCGCAACUGGGACUUCGGGAGAUUCACCCUCCACAGCAGCAGUGCCAGCAGCUGCUGCUGCUGCCCUGAAAGGCGCCGCAGCAGCUGCAGCAGCUGCGUGCUCUGUUAAGGUUCCGGAGGCAACGGCGGAGCAGGGUAAGGCACACGCCAGCAGUGCGGUGGUAGCGCCUGGGGCAGCGGCGGCAGCGGCAGGUGGUCUGGAGGCUGGUAAGGCAGGGGGCUGGUGGGCCGCCUCUCCUGUGAAAGGUGCGGGCGGCGAUAGUCGCACGGUCACAUCAGCAGCAGCAGGGUGCUCCCAGGCGCCGUCAAGUGCCGUACCACCGGCCGGUACGGAGCAGCCUCCUGCCGCCUCUCCCCCAGCUGGGGCUGAGGCGGCAACCGCUGCCACCGCUCCGGCAGUGGUUACUGCUACUGCUGCUGCUGAUGGUGGUGGUGGUGGUGGUGGUAGUCUUGGUGGUGGUGGUGGCAUCGCUGCUGCUGCUGCUGUUGACGGCGACGUCGCUCCUACGGUCGCCGCCGAUGCGCCGCAUCUGCGGUCGGCUGGUCAUGCGGCCAGGGAGGCAGCAGCAAGCGCCCCUCAGCUGCCUGGCGGGGUUGCUGCCGCGGCGCCACCGGAGGCGCCACCUGAGGCAGCGGCGCUGGCGGAUACAGGAGGUGCCACCGCCGCUGCCGGCCUCAGGACGCCGCCUGCUUCCCCGGCCAAGCGAGCAGGCCCUGCCGCCGCCCGAAAGAAGGCUUCCGGGAAAGGCGCUGCCGCUGCCGCCGAUCCCGGUAUGGCUGCGUCUGGGCCUUCGCCGCCUCCUGCCAGCCCCGCUGGUGCCGCGGUAUCUGCUGCUGCUGCAGCCUCGGCUGCUGCUGCUGCUCCUGCUGCUUCUUCAGAGGCUCCAUCAGCCGUCCCGCCAGCACAGCCACAGCUUCAGCCUCAUGCGCCGCUGCCUGCUCAACAGAAACCAGCUCCGAAGCAUCCGCAGCAGCAGCACCAGGAGCAGCAGCAGCAGCAGCAACAACCAGCUCCCGGCUCCUCGGCCUCUGAUGGCGGCAUGUCAGCGGGCGCACCGGCUCCAGCUCCCCCCGCUCCCCCUCCCGUCACUGCUCCACCCGCCAGCAACGCCCACACCCAACAUACCACCCGCAGCAAGCCUCCUCAGCACGCCGCCGAGGCCCCAACGCACUCCACCAAGGCUGCUACUGCUGCUGCCGCCGCUGGUCCCGGAGCUGGCCCCGCCCCCGCCACCAAGCCGGAACGCAAGUACCGUCCGACGGCGCCGUCACGGCGGCCCGCACACGCACGUGCGCUGGCAUGUGACAUGCUGCCCAGCUUGCAUGCGGAGCUGGCGGCGGUGGCGGCGGCCAUGGCGGCGCAGCUGGGGAGCAGCGACGGCGGCUGUGGACCCAGCGACGGUGGCGGUGGGGCGGCGGCGGCGGCGGCGCCACAGCCGACGACCGCAAGUCAUGAUGGCACUGCACCACCGGCAGCCAGUGACGGCGUUGGAGGUAAGGGAAAGCAGGCGGGGGCGGCGGUGCCGGCGGCGCCGACCUUUGCUCGGCGGUCUCACGACAGUCAGGGCAGUCUGGAGGCGCAGACGGGCGACACGGCUGCUGCUGCCGCUGGUACUGCCGCUGCUGCUGCUGCCGGGGCGGCACCCAAUGGGGCCCCAGCGGCGCCAUGUACAGCCGGUGCAGCUUCCAAGGGUUCAGGGCUGGGCAGUGCGGGUCGGGGCGAGCAGGAGCAGGAGGAGGGGGGACUCGAGCGGGGCGUUCGGGCGUCCUCUCAGCCGCCUCCUUCAGACACCGCUAGCAGUCCCCUGAGGGCACCCUUCCGCGGUUCCGCAGUUGCCCAAGUUGCGGACAAAGAGGAGGGCAAGGGUGAGAAGAAGAACCAACCAGCAGUGGCGGCGGCAGCCGCAGCAGCUGAGGCAUCAAAGCCGGCGGGGCCUGUUGUUGUGGAGGCGACUGGGGAAGCAGAGCCUGCGUUUGAGGGCCGGAAUGUGGGUGACGGCGGCGGCGGCGGCAGCGGCGGCAACAGCAGCGGUGGGGAGCAGUCUCGGCGGAACAGCAGCGAUGGAGGAGCCGGCGGCGGCGGCGGGGGCGGUACUGGCUGUCAGGAGGGCUUGGGUGAUGCGGAUACGGAUGGCGCCGAGGCGGGCAUGUCGGAGGUGGAACGAGAGGAGUGGCGGAGACGGCGGGCCGAGAUAGAGCGCCAGCGUGCCGAGGCGGCGGCGGAGCGAGAGGCCGCUCGCCGCGCCCGAGCCGCCCGAAAGGCCGCGGCAGCAGCAGCAGCGGAAGAAGCCGGCGGCAGCGCAGCUGCUGCUGCUGCGGCGGCGGCGGCAGCUGAGCUGGGUAGUCAGACGGAUGCGGAGUUGGCUCGGCGCAUGCGUCAGCGGCUGGAGGAGCACCACCAGCUGGCGUCCGCAGCGGCGGCGGAGGCGGCGGCGAAGGAGGAGGUGCGGGCCAAGGUCCGAUCUCUCCUCCAUGAGACGCACCGCAAGGCCCUUGAGGAGCGCAGCCUCUCGAAACUGCUCAAGCAGUUGGGUGUGCUCAACAAAGGCGCUGUGCUGCGAACGGCGGAGCAGCGCGGUAAGGCCCUCAAAGCCGCCAAGAUCCGCUUUCACCCGGACAAGGUGACGGGCGGCAUGGAGGCGCAUGUGUACGCGGAGGAGGUCUCCAAGCUGCUGAACAGCUGGGAGUGGGCGUAGGGGUGAUAGCAGGGGUGAUAGCAGGCAGCAGUCCCUUUUCGGAAAUGUAACGCAAUGAGUAGAGUCGAGAUGUUGGCUUGCUGGCUGGGACUGCGCUUUCUCUGGGGAAGCCUAGCAUCAUGAACCAGAAGUAGAGCGCUGCUGUUUAUGCAGAGGUGUUGGGCGCAAAGGAUGCUAAUAGGCUGGGGCCGUGGGGCACAUAACCCGUAAUAACAUUCCCGUGUUACCACCUAACAUUCACCCAGAUGGUGUGCCAAUACGGAUUGAUAAGGAGCUGAGUGCCUGCGUCUGACUAAACUGCAGAAUGUUGAGUUGGUGCCACACCGAUGCGUUUUGGGGGCUUUACAUGUGACCUUUCACCGAUCACAUAAAGCAGCAUGUGAAUGGGUGGAACAGUUGUCUGUUGCACUGUUGUAAUAUCCUAGCGCGUAUCCUUGCGUAAGCUAGGAUGCUUGAGAAGAUUUUGUGCGUGACUUCUCAUGACCCAGUCUUAUUACAGUCCGACGGCGCCGAUACUGCGUUGCAACGCGUACCGCAGCAGCCGUUUAGGAGUGUGUUAUUUGUCAUG